GCGGCGGCCGUUGGGCGUGCUUUGGUUUAGUGGCUCCAUCCAUUUUGGCCGUGGUUCGCGGUCGCCUCUAGGGCUUGAAGUGCCCGCCAAGUCGGAAUUGGCCAAGAACAAUGCUGCCCGGUCCACUUCGACUUUAAGGCUAGAGGAGGGUCUCCGACCUUUUUCUGGUUGCUGACAGCGUCCAGCCCGAGGCAGCCAUGGCCACGGGCUUCUCCUUCGGGUCCGGGACGCUGGGUUCCACCACCGUGGCGGCCGGUGGGACCAGCACUGGCGGCGGUUUUUCUUUCGGGACUGGAGCAUCUAGCAACCCUUCUGUGGGGCUCAAUUUUGGAACUCUUGGAAGCACUGCAACUCCAGCAACUACGUCUACUUCUUCUGGUGGUUUUGGAACUGUACUCUUUGGAUCUAAGCCUGCCACUGGGUUCACUCUAGGAGGAACAAACACAGGAAUAGCAACAACUAUAACUACAGGACUAACUCUGGGAACACCAGCCACUACAUCUGCAUCUACAACUGGCUUCAGUUUAGGAUUCAAUAAACCUGCAGCAUCUGCCACACCAUUUGCUCUUCCUAUUACUUCUACCUCAGCAAGCGGUCUCACUCUUUCAUCUGCUCUGACAUCAACUCCAGCAGCAUCCACUGGAUUUACUCUAAAUAAUCUGGGAGGAACAACAGCCACAACUACAGCUGCAUCAACAGGCCUUUCUUUAGGGGGAGCCUUAGCUGGUUUGGGAGGUUCACUUUUCCAGAGUACAAACACAGCAGCAUCAGGACUUGGACAAAAUGCUUUAGGCCUGACUUUGGGAACUACAGCAGCUACUUCAGCUGCAGGCAAUGAAGGCCUUGGUGGUGUAGAUUUUAGUAGCUCAUCAGAUAAAAAGAGUGACAAAACAGGAACAAGACCAGAGGAUAGUAAGGCACUGAAGGAUGAAAAUCUACCUCCUGUCAUCUGCCAGGAUGUUGAAAAUCUCCAGAAAUUUGUGAAGGAACAAAAACAGGUCCAAGAAGAAAUUAGUAGAAUGUCUUCAAAAGCAAUGCUUAAAGUACAAGAAGAUAUUAAAGCUCUGAAGCAACUUCUAUCAUUGGCUGCCAGUGGAUUACAGAGAAACACUCUUAAUAUUGAUAAAUUGAAAGUAGAAACUGCUCAGGAGUUAAAGAAUGCUGAAAUAGCUUUAAGAACCCAAAAAACACCACCUGGACUUCAGCAUGAAAAUACAGCUCCUGCUGACUACUUCAGAAUCUUGGUUCAGCAAUUUGAGGUACAGCUCCAACAAUACAGACAGCAGAUUGAAGAACUAGAAAACCAUCUUGCCACCCAAGCAAAUAAUUCACAUAUAACCCCUCAAGAUUUGUCAAUGGCUAUGCAGAAAAUUUAUCAAACAUUUGUAGCUUUAGCUGCACAACUUCAGUCUAUUCAUGAAAAUGUAAAGGUACUCAAAGAACAGUACCUUGGCUACAGAAAAAUGUUCUUGGGAGAUGCUGUAGAUGUAUUUGAAGCCAGGCGAGCAGAAGCUAAGAAGUGGCAGAAUGCACCCAGAGUUACUACUGGACCAACCCCUUUCAGCACCAUGCCAAAUGCAGCAGCCGUUGCCAUGGCUGCAACACUUACGCAGCAGCAACAGCCUGCUACAGGGCCACAGCCAUCUCUGGGAGUUAGUUUUGGAACGCCAUUCGGCUCAGGUAUUGGCACUGGCUUGCAAUCAAGUGGCUUAGGUUCUUCAAACCUUGGAGGAUUUGGAACUAGCUCUGGUUUUGGAUGCAGCACCACAGGGGCCUCCACAUUUGGAUUUGGAGCAACAAAUAAACCCUCAGGAAGUCUUAGUGCAGGCCACAAAUCACAGGUUUUAACUGGAUUUCGAAAACCUAGUGUUACAGAAACCAAUGAAGUAGGAAGAAAAAUCCAGUUCUGAACAGUCAUUGAAUCACCAAAUAUCUACUUUUGCAAGGAACUUCUGACACUCAUUUUGUGAAUCUCAUUGUUUAAGAAGAGUACUAUAAGACUUAGAGUGAGUUUGGUCAAGCUGCUUAGAAUUCAGGAAAGAAAACUUGACCUUGAUAUUUAAGUAUCAAGUAUUUAAGGAUAUGAAUCUAAUGGAUCAUAUAACUAGAUUCUGGGAGGGCUUAAAGAAUUGAGAAGCAGGCCACUAGUUCAGUAUGUGUAAUGGAUGGUAGAAAAUUCACCAAGUAUAGUGAAUUCAUAAAAUAAAAUUGACCAAAUAUAGUGAAAUAAGUAUUUGGUAAUUUUAAUUAUGUAACUCACUCUCUUUAAAAACUUGCACUAUAAUUCUCAUUUAUAGUUCACUCAUUUGAACUGUACAAUUCAAUGGUUUUUAGUGUAUUCAUGAAGUUGUUGAAUAUUGCCACAGUCUAGUUUUAGAACAUUUUGUCACUAUAAAAACAAAACCCCUUACAUGUUAGCAAUCAUUCCCCAUUCCUUACCACCACCACCCUAAGUCCUAGGUAACCAUAUAUUUAUUCUCUGCCUCUCUAUAUAUGCGUAUCCUGGAUAUUUCAUAUAACUAUGACUGAAUUCUUAGCAUAAUGGUUUUAAGAGUCACCCUUGUGGCAUAUGUCAGUACUUCAUUUCUAUUGUCAAAUCUUCAGUUGUAUGAGUAUUACACAUUUAUCCAUUCAUCAGUUGAUGCACAUUGUGUUUCCUAUUUUUGACUAUGAUGAGUAAUGUUGCUCUGAAAUUCAUGUCCAGGUUUUUGGGUGGACAAAUGAUUUCAGUUUUCUUGAGGAAUAUACCUUGGAGUAGAAUUGCUAGGUCAAAUGAUAACUAUAUUACGUUUUGAGGAACUGCCAAACUUUUCAAAAGUGUCUACACCAUUUUACAUUCUUACAGCAACGCAUGAGGUUUCCAAUUUCUCUAUCUUGUUAUCACUCUUUUUUAUUAUAGCUUUCUGCCUUGUGUGAAGUGAUAUUUCAUUGUGGUUUUGAUUUGCAUUUUCCUGGUAAGUAAUCACGUUGAUCAUCUUUUCAUGUACUUAUUGGUCAUUUGCACAUUAAUGAAACUAUAUAUACCAUUCCUAUGGUCAUUUUAUUAGUCAAAAGACAUUUGUUGAACAACUACUAUGUGCCAGACACUUAGAAGUAUUACAGAAGGUAAGUGAACACAUCAAACCAAAAUACCAGCCCUCAUGGAACUUAUAUUCCACUUGGGGAACAUAAAGUUAAAUAUUAGAAUGUUAAGUGAUAAGAAAUGCAACAAUAAAAAGAAAGUAAGGAAGAAAACUAGAAAUGCUAGGAGUGAAAUUUGCAUAUUUAAACAAAGUACUUAGGCCUUAUAGAAGAAGAUGAUGUUCAGAUGAAGACAGGCAAUAAGAGAGGGAGACAAGGAGAAAAAAGGCUGAAGAAAUAAUCAGCUCAAAAGCUGCAAAGCAAGAGGAUCCACUGUCCCAUUCAAAGAGGAUCAGUAUGGCUGAAAUGGAGAGAAGAGCAGAAAAGAUUGUGUAGGUUCUUGUGGGCCAUGAUGAGGCUUUAAUCCAAGAUCCUAAAGUUCUAGAGGGUUUAUAUAAAGAAGUGACAUGAUCUGACCUCUAUCUUAACAGGAUGUUUAGAGAUUCAUGUGUGUGAGGGGGUAUUGCCACAAUGACUGGGGACCAGAAAUACUAAAUAUUUCGCAGCACACAAAAUGUUAGUAAAAGCCUAUCUAGGAAACACUGGCAAAGAAAAAUAGGCAUGCCUUGGAGAUAAAUUUAAGUUGACCCCUGCAAUAAAGCAAGUCACAAGAGUUUCCCAGUGUAUACAAAAGUAAUGUUUAUACUGUAGUCAAUAAAGUAUGCAGUAGAAUAUAUAGCUGAGUGGUAUAUAUAGCUGGCUUUGCUCAAUAUUUAAGGACCUGUGUUCAAUAUCCAGCACUAACAAAAACCAAACCAAAAUAAAAAACUUCAGCUAAAGUGUGCACCAGCAUUAUAUCUUAAAAAAAAAAAUGCACACCUUAAUGAAAAAUACUUCAUUGCUUAAAAAUGCUAAUGGUCAUAUGAGGUUUCAGAAAGUCAUCCUUUUUUGCUGGUGGAGGAUCUUGAUUUGAGAUUGAUGGCUAUUGACUGAUUGGGGUUGCUGAAGGGUGGGGUGGCUUUGGCAAUUCAAUAUCCCAAUAAUAAAUCACGAAGUUUGCUCUAUCCAUUGACUCUUCCUUUCAUGAAUGAUUUCUCUGUAGUGUGUGAUGCUGUUUUACCCACAGUAGUACUUCUUUCAAAACUGGAAUCAGUUCUCUCAGACCCUAACACUGCUUUUCAACUAAGUUUAUGUCAUAUUCUAAAUCCCUUAGGAUCGUUUCAACAAUUUUCAUAGCAUCUGCACCAGGGGAUGUUUUUGGCUCAAGAAACCAUUUUCUCAUCCAUAAGAAGCAACUCAUCAUCCAUUAAAGUUUUAUCCAGAGAUGGCAGCAAUUCAGUCACAUCUUUAGGCUUCACCUCCAACUCCAAUGCUAUUUCCACUGCAUCUACAGUUACUUCCUCCACUGAAGUCUUGAACCCUUAAAGACAUUUAAUCAACUUCCAAACUCCUGUUAAUACUGAUAUUGAGACAAUCUCCCAUGAAUCAUGAACAUUCUUAAUGGCAUCUAGAAUGAUGAAUCCUUACAAAAAGGUUUUUUAUUUACUUUGCCCAGAUCCACCUGAGGAAUCAUUAUGAAGCUGUAGCCUUACAAAAUGUAUUUCUUAAAUAAGACGAUUUGGGAGUUGAAAUUACUCCUUGAUCUAUAUGGUAAAGAAUGGAUAUUGUGUUAGCAGGCAUGAAAACAACAUUAAUCUCGUUGGACAUCUCCAACAGCUCUUGGGUGAUCAGGUGCAUUGUUAAUCAGCAGUAAUAUUUUGAAAUAUUAAUGAGCAGUAUGUAAAUUGGCUUAAAAUA